GGGCCGGGCCGGGCCAUGUACGCGGGGCGCAAGCGGCGGAAGCCGGCGCCCCGAGCGGCGCGGGCUGCGGCGGCCGACGGCGGCAGGUCCAACCCGUCCAAGCGGCACCGGGAGCGGCUGAACCGGGAGCUGGAGCGGCUGGCGGCGCUGCUGCCCUUCCCCGCCGAGGUGGUGGCCGGCCUGGACAAGCUGUCGGUCCUGCGCCUCAGCGCCGGCUUCCUCCGAGCCAGGAGCUUCUUCAGCGUUGCUCUGAAGAACCACGGUGCCAACAGAGCAGAGGGGGAUGGAGACCAUGACGGCAACCCUGCUCCAGGCGCAGCAGUGGCAGCAGUACCGGAGGGCGAGCUGCUCCUGCAGGCACUCAAUGGCUUCGUGCUGGUGGUAACGUCCGAAGGGCUGAUAUUUUACUCCUCUCACACGAUCCAGGACUAUCUGGGAUUUCAUCAGACAGAUGUCAUGCACCAGAGCGUCUUCGAGCUGAUCCACACCGAGGACCAGCAGGAAUUCAGGCGCAACCUCCACUGGGCUCUCAACCCGCCCCACGCUCCCGAGGGGGAGCCCUCUCCUGAAGGGAGGAAGAGUCUGGGCUCUUCUGCUGCUGCCUACAAGCCCGAUCAGCUGCCCCCAGAAAACUCUUCCUUUCUGGAAAGGAGCUUCGUGUGCCGGUUUCGCUGCCUGCUGGAUAAUUCCUCUGGCUUCCUGGCUUUAAACCUUCAAGGCAGGCUGAAAUUCCUUCAUGGGCAGAACAAAAGAUCUGAAGAUGGGUCUGCAUUCCCCCCCCAGCUUGCUCUUUUUGCCAUCUCCACCCCCUUGCAGCCCCCAUCCAUCCUGGAGAUCAGAACCAAGAACAUGAUCUUCAGGACAAAGCACAAGCUGGACUUCACCCCCUUGGCGUGUGAUGCCAAGGGGAAGAUGGUUUUGGGCUACACCGAGGCAGAGCUGCGGAUGUGUGGCACAGGCUACCAGUUUGUCCAUGCUGCUGACAUGCUGUACUGUGCCGAGAACCACGUCAGAAUGAUGAGAACGGGGGAGAGCGGCCUGACGGUGUUCCGCCUGCUGACCAAGGACAAGCGCUGGAAGUGGGUGCAGGCCAACGCGCGGCUCGUCUACAAGAACGGCAAGCCCGAGUACAUCAUUGUCACACAGAGACCCCUCGUAGAUGAAGAAGGAGGAGAGCACCUUCGAAAACGGUCCAUGCAUCUUCCCUUUACCUUUGCUACUGGAGAAGCACUCUUAUACCAAAGCGCUUACCCUCUCCCAGGCUUCUCUGAUGCUUUCCAGAGCAAAGGGAGGAGCAGCAAGUCCAAGAAGCCCUCCCACAGCAAUGGAGGGCACUCCCAGAAGGACAGCAUUGCCCCCAGUUCUCUGCUGGGUGCCAUGCUGCAGCAGGACAAGGCUGUGUACAUCUCUCACCCAUCUCCUGCGCCUAGCCACCCGUUCAGCAGCAGUUUCUUGGAUCACCUUGAGGACAUGUCCUCGCUGGGUGCAGAAGGAGAGGCCUGGAGCAUGGACACUGCUCCAGUUUCCUCAAGGGAAGACAGCUUCAAAAAGGAGCUGGUGGAUUUGCAGCAGGAGGACCCUCUCUUGGCCACCCUGGACUCUCUGUCAAUUAACAGCGACGAGAGCUGCUCCAACAACGAGUUUUUCAGUGUGCUGGAGAGUCUGGGGCUGAACGCCAAAGACCUGGAGCUCCUGCUGCUGGAUGAGAAAAUGGUGAUGGUCAAUAUGGACCCUGACCACACCCCGUCCCUGAGCGACCUCCUCACCAACAACGAGAUCCUCUCCUACAUCCAUGCCACGCUGGUGAACAAGUCCGAGGGAGACCACCGGGCCUGCCCCCUGCCAGGAGCCACCUCGAGCCCACCUGGAGGCCCGGCUGCGUACCCAGCCCACGCAGAGGACGAGGACUCGCAGUACCCGUCCCAGCAAACACAGCAGCCUGGCGUUGUCCCAGGGCAGGCCGCUGCUCUGCUGUGGGAACAGCCCCUCCUUGAUGCACCAGGGCAGCCGUCCCCGCUGCCCCCGAGGCCGGCGGAGGUAGGGAAGGAACCGUCUGGAGGCUUGCAGUGGAGGCCCGGUGGGGAGGAGGACCUGCUCCGCUUCCUCCACCUGACGCAGGGCACCCCGUGGGCCAAAGCUGCCGGCUCGCCCCUGGGAGCCCCGUACCCGCUGCAGGAGGUUCAGCAGCCGGAGGGUGACUUCCCGGCCGUGCAUCCCACCCAAGGGGACAUUCUCCAGACCUUCUCCUUGCCCAGCCAGUGCCAGGGGCGCGGUGCACUGCCAAGGCAGCCAAAAUACAAGGCUGGCCAGCGCAUGCUGAUGAACAGGUUGUGUGGCCACCAUUCCCCCUCUUUUCCACACUUCCUUCCCACUAGCAGCAAUAGCCCGUGGCAGGACUAUGUCUCCCCGCUCCUGACAGCCCCAGCUCAGCCUGAUUUUUAUGGUAUCAGCCAAGACUUCUCCCAGCACCAGGGCUGCUUGGGUCCACCACCUGGUCCUGGUGCGCCAGCAGUGGACUUUAACCUAAACGGAUUGUGCAGCGUGGAAACCCUGGGCAGUGGGGGAUGCCAGGAGGAGAUGGUUCCAUACUCUGGGUUUUUCCCCCCUUCCUCAUACCAGCUUAUUCCUGAGAAGCAGCCGAGCCCCGUCCCCUCCAUGCCCCAGUACCCUUUCCUGAGCUCACCUGCAGAGUGCUUUGGCAGCAUCACCAGUGCACUGGAGGCGCCCGUGAAUUCCUGCGGGGUGUACGCCUCCAUGCUGAGCCAGGACACCAGGCGUGAGCCUGACAGCAGCUGCAUUUUGCCUGGUGCUCGGAUGGGGCUCCCCGGAGACGUGCCCAAGGGCAGCCCUGCUCCCUCCUGCAAGCUGCACCCUCGUGCAGAAGUGCUGCCGGAUCACCCCCACGCCUCCAGCAGUGACUUCUAUCUCUAGGACAGCAAGACCAGACCCAGCAAAGUGGGGUUAUUCACUGGGGAUGGAGCUGCCUUCCAGCUGUGGACAGCAAACCUUCCCCCUACCACGUGUGUCCUGUCCUGGCUCUUGAUGCUUUGGCUUGGCUGUUUCCUGUGUUUUAUCAACUUCCCACCAUGCUGCCCCUGCAGAGGCUCCACGUGCUGGUGCUGGUCCCCUGGGGGCA